AUGGAACGAGGAAAUUUAAAAUCGGUGAAAUUAUUUGUUAUCGGCGUAUUUAUGAUGUCUGUUUAUAUGGCACGUGUUUUGCACAUGUUUACAAUAAAAAGUAAGAUUUUGAUUAUAAUAGCAGCAAUUGCAUCACCUCUAUUAGCGACAAUCGUUUCAUUCGCCUUAAUGCUAUGGCUUAAAAUUUCAAUAACAUCAACUGCUGGCCUUAUACCCUUGCUUAUGAUAGGAAUCGGUGUUGACGAUGCAUUUCUUUUAAUUCAUGCCUGGCAAAAUUACUUGCCAAUUUCGGACAAACGAAAGCGUAUGGCAAAAGUGAUAAUUACAGUUGGGCCAAGUAUAAGCAUUACAUCGGUUACUAAUAUUAUUGCAUUUGGUGUUGGCUCAAUAACUGCAUCACCAAUGAUGAGUUCCUUUUGUUUAUGCAUGUUAAUAGCAGUUACAAUAGAUUAUAUCCUUGAAUUAACCAUUUUUGCACCAACACUUGCUCUUACCACAUAUUUUGAGAAUGAUAAACAUCCCAAAAAACGACAAUCAUUCUGCCAUUCGACUCAACGCUGGAUUUUACUUUCUAGAUUUGUUAUAUCUAAAAUUGGUUUAAUAAUUAUCCUCAUCAUACAAAUAAUUUUGUAUGUUAUUGCUACUGUGGGUCUUGCACGUAUGAGAGCAAACUUUGACCCCAGCAAAACAUUCUCAUCUGAUUCAAAAUUAAAUAUAUGUGUACAAAUUGUUGAUUACAUCUUUCGUGAGUACGCUCCAGCAAUUUUUAUCGUCAAUAAUCCACCUAAUAUUAGUAAUGCUACACAAUAUAAUGAAUUUAUGGAAUUAGUUAAGAAAUUGGAAAAACUUCCCACAUCAUACGGAUCAGAGAGAACGUUCCUGUGGCUUCGAGAUUAUGUCAAAUAUCUUAAAAAGAAAAGGAAAAAAGCUGGCUAUCGUAAUAUUAAUUUUACCUAUCAAUAUGUGCCCAAAUUUCUCGCUAGCAGAUUUUUGGCUGAUAAGAAUAUUUUGCAUUAUCAUAUCGUUAAUAGGUAUGUUAUUUGA